AAAGACCCCCAGAUCCUAGCAGGCUCUUCGUGGUGCCAGACAGAGCGAGAGCCCGGGGUCUGUGAAUGGACGAGGAGGAAGACAGGGUUUAAAGCUGGUUACCUAACAGGAAAAACUCUGACUUUUCCACUGGGGGCUUAACUCCUCACAUGCACUAUGGCUGUCCCCUCCGUCAUGGUGUUGCCCCUGCUGGUGGUGGUGUUCGCUGGAAUCUACUACUUUUACAACGAGUUCCUUCACUUCAUGUCCAAGUCCGUAGUGCGAAACAAAGUGGUGGUGAUAACAGAUGCCGUAUCUGCGAUGGGAAGAGAGUGUGCCAGGCUGCUGCAUGAAGGUGGUGCACAGUUGGUGUUGUGUGGACCCAACUGGGAUAAGCUGGAGUCUCUGCAUGAUUCACUGUGUAGUGGCUCAGACCCCAGCAAAACCUUUCCACCCAAGUUGGUGUUGCUGGAAUUCAGCGAUAUAGAAAGCAUAGAGGAUGUGAUUACGGAAAUCGGCGACUGCUACGGCCACGUCGAUGUGCUCAUAAUUAACGGCGGCAUGAAGGUCAAAGCGGCAGUCCAGAACCAUUCACUGGAGAUGGACAAAAUCAUCAUGGAUGUCAACUAUUUCGGGCCCAUCACUUUGGCAAAGGGCAUUCUGCCGUUAAUGAUUGCCAGGAGAACGGGUCAUUUCAUCAUCGUCAACAGCAUCCAGGGGAGACUGGCUGUACCGUUUCGCAGCUCCUACGCCGCCUCUAAGCAUGCAGUACUGGCCUUUUUUGACUGUCUGAGAGCAGAAGUGGAGGAGUAUGGCAUCUCUGUCAGUACAAUCAACCACACGUUUAUCAAUGCUGCAGCCCAGGAAGCUACCCCCUCCCAGUCUCAGCCCACCAACGCCCUGUGGGCAUACAUUCUAAGCAAGCUAACCACCCACGGCGUGAGCCCCGAAGGCCUGGCCUAUGAGAUUAUGCGAGUGGUGAACCGGAAGAGAAGAGAGGUCCUCCUGGCUCACCCCAUCCCCUGGGUCGCUCUCUACAUCCGCUCAGUCAUGCCCAGCUUCUUCUUUUCUGUGGUGGCCGCAGGGGUGAAAGACACGGCUAUGAAUCAGCAGCUGAAAUAGAUGCGUACAUUACAUGCUAAUGAAUAACUUGUGCUGUUCUUUUUAACGAUGUGUCAUAAGAACACAGCUGUUUUGAGCUAGAAUUCUCAUAUUGACGUAGGACCCCUGACAGGAACAAGUGGCGAUUUGGGAGGACGAUGUUUUAGUCCGAGCUUUGACCUAUUUGCUUUAUUUGGCACUGUAGUAUCUGCUCUAAAUAUCUUAGCAUGUGCUAGAUUUUCCAUUAUGCUUGCGCCUAUACAUAGCAUGACAUGGGGAAAUGAGAUGAUGAGAGGGAGAUUUCGGCCUCAUAUCAGCUUCAUUUGCAUUUUCAGCACUAUGUAAGAUGUAGUGUUGUCAUGUCUCCAUUCUUGCUCAUUUGUUUUAGUCUAUUAUUUGCCUUCAAAUGCUUGCUGACGUGAGAGCAAUUGACAGACAUGCUGUUCCACCUUCAGGCCUUAAAGGCAAAACCUAUUUUUGCAGAAUCCUGCAGAUGGCACUAGUGGACAUUUCUGCUGCAACAACAGGACAAGCAAAAUACUGCCACCUACUGUCCAUUACUCACUUUUAUCCAAUUCAGCUUUAAUACAUGAUUCUUGUGACAUGAUUUCUUUCAUGUAACAAUGAUUAAAAAUAAACAAUUCUAAAUCACUGUUUUGAACUCUUUACAUGAAUUUAUUAUUCAGCAGGAAAAAUCCAAGCAU